UUAUAAUAUAUGUUAUCUGGAAAUUUUAAAAAAGGAAUCUAAAAAAAUCAGUAAUAGUAUUUAAAUGUAAUAUUUUAAAUUCAUUAAGGGUAUCAGUGUAAUCAACCAUCUUGAGAGUUAAUGUGAGCACGACACAUAAGAAACUGACUUCUCAAAUAAUAUUAUAGAGAUUAGAUGUAUAGAUAGGCGACAUGAUUGAAAGAGAAUGUAGGUUUAAAUAAAUAAUUGAUAUAAUUGUGGUGUCUUAGAUGUUUAUGUUAUACGUGUAUUCUCUGAAAUAAUUUAUGUUAUUGUUAUAUGUAUGCCGACUUCAGGGGAUAAUGGAAAUAUAAUAAAAGGAAAAUGUCACAUGCUGUUAUAAUAUAUAGGGGAAGACCAAAAAAUAACUAAAAAAAAGGAUCCCAACAACUUUUUUAAAUAGAUUUAUUAAAACUCCUCUUCUUUUAAUAGUAUUGAUAUAUUAAUAUUUUUUUUUUGAAUAGAAACAUAAAAUUACACAUGUAUGUUAUUGGUGAAUAUCUUGAAAAAUUUAACUGAAAAACUUUAGUGUAUACCCACCACUAAAAUACUAAUAUAUUUUUAUAUUUACAUUUAAUAUAAAAUAUUAAUAUAAUUUUAUGUUAACAGACAUUUGAAAAAAUACUAAUAAUAAUGUUCUAACAAGUUCAUCUCAUAAUAAUUAUAAUCCCUCUCGAACUACGUCAUUUUAGGGUUAAACCAAAGUGUUUUUUUUUUUGAACAUUAAAACCAAAGUGUUCAUCCAGAGAACUAUAACAGGAAUAAGUUAAGAGAUUCAAAGCUUCCUGAGUGGGUAGUAUUGUGGAAAGUUAGUUCAUCAGAUAUUAAUUGUGUCUCGUAGAUAAAUAAUGCAAGAGUCUGCUCUCACCGAAAUUGAGAAUACAGAACUUAGUUAGAUAAAUUGAUAAUCAUGGAACUUUUAUACCUCCAUGUUAACAAAACUUUCAUCAUGUUUUGAAAACCUUAUCAAGCGUUUAUUUCCAAGUUACUAAAAUACACAAAUUCUAAGAUUUAAAUUAUAGAUUUUCUUUUAAAGUCAAGUCAAUAAGCAAUUGCAUUUUCAUACAUCAUGAGAUUCGAUUUUCAGCAACACCACUAGGGUAACAUAUAUUCCAGGAAAUUCAGAUUCAAAGACUCAGGAAAUCCAUAAAGAUGAGUUGGUCAAACAAACAUCCCAAUUUCAUCCACCGCCCUUAUUUAAUUGUUUUGGUCCCAUUACAAAGCACACAAUAUCUCUUUCAAGUGGCAUCUCUAAAAGAAAAAAAGUGCAUCUAAAGGAGUACUAAUACUAUUAUUCGGCUAUUAGUUAAAAGAGUAGUUAAUGUCAAAUUAACUGAAAUAAUAAAAUAAUGAUAAGUACUUUCCUAUCAGGUUGUUAGAGCAUCCCCAUUAAAGAACUCUUUCCUAGGGUUCAAGUUUAUAAAUUUUUAUUAUUAAUUUUUUUGUUUGGUUUUAAAAAAAAUUGAAUCAAUCACGGUCGCCAUGUGUUGUGAGGCCCACAAAACAGUGAUGAAUUCAUUGGACACAGGUUCAUUGAAGAGAGCUGGGGAGAUGCAGAUUCAUUACUGUACAUUAUUUUAAAUUUUUUUUUUUUUUGGAAUUUGUUUGAACCUCUCUGUAAAUUCACUAAUGGGGAUGCUCUUAGAUCAUGAAUGACAAACACUAGACAUUUAAUUUCGAUAUAUGCCAUAAAAACAAAAGCUCUAUCCACAUACACGACCACGUUGGACACUACUAGUAUGUCAAAUAUCUAAUCAAAACAUGAAACACUAGACCGACCUUGCAUUUACCAUGUCUAGAUUUUUUUAUAUAUUGUUUAUAGCUUAAUGAUUUAUCAUAAUGUGAUCAAUCUGAGCGAAUUAUUUUGAAAUUGUAGGAUAUAAGUGUAGAAUUGUUUUAUGUAAAUAUAAUCUCGUUGAUUAAGCCACAGUGAAUAAUAUUUUACACAAUUUCUAAAUGGGUCAGGAUUUUUUAUUUUCAGGCCCAAAAGUAGUUAGUAAGAGUACAUAUUUGUAAAUGGGCCAGAUAAAGAGGCUUCUCUAAUCUCCUCCACCUGACGAAAUUUAUUCCGACGCCGGAGACGGAGAUAGAAGAUGGCGAACAAGCUCAUCGGAGAAAUGGACCUUCACAAGAGAAUCUCAAACAUUUUCGCCGCGCGAAACAUCAUCACCGCCAAGGAUGCAUUGUCUAUGACGGAGUUUGAGUUGAUGGAGCUUCUAGACGUUGGAAUGAAGGAGAUACAAUCAGCUGUUAAACUCAUCAGCCAAGCUGCCUCUCCUCCAUGUCUAUCCGCUCGAUCUUUGCUGGAGCAAAAGGUCGAAAAGGAGUAUCUAUCGGGGCAUCUUCCUACCCAUUUGAAGGGGUUGGACUCAGCCUUGUGUGGUGGCAUACCCUUUGGUGUUCUUACUGAGUUGGUAGGCCCUCCUGGUAUUGGUAAAUCACAGUUUUGCAUGAAGCUUGCUCUAUCAGCUUCGUUUCCUAAAGCUUAUGGAGGUUUAGAUGGUCGUGUGAUAUACAUAGACGUUGAGUCCAAGUUUAGUUCAAGAAGGGUGAUAGAGAUGGGGUUGAAGAGCUUCCCUGAAGUGUUUCACCUUAAAGGAAUGGCACAAGAGAUGGCAGGAAGAAUCCUUGUGUUACGGCCAACAUCUUUAUCCGACUUUACUCAAAGCAGUAUACAAGAACUCAAGGAAUCGAUUCUUAAAAACCAAGUGAAGCUGCUGGUGAUUGAUAGUAUGACAGCUCUUCUUUCAGGUGAAAACAAACCUGGAGCUCAGAGACAGCAACAUCAAUUGGGUUGGCAUAUCUCUUUCUUAAAAUCGCUUGCUGAGUUUGCACGGAUUCCUAUAGUGGUGACUAAUCAAGUUAGAUCUCAAAACCGAGACGAGACUAGUCAGUAUUCUUUCCAAGCUAAACUGAAAGAUGGAUUUCAAGAACACACAAGGACGUAUGAUUCUCACCUUGUUGCUGCAUUGGGGAUCAACUGGGCUCAUGCUGUAACUAUCCGGUUGGUUCUUGAAUCCAAGUCCGAGAAUCAUCAAGGUUGCAAAAUCUCCUAUGUCACCUCCUCUAGCGUUCCCGUUCCAUAUAACAUCAGCAGGAAUCUCAUUGCUCAGCGAUGAGGGGACUGAGCUGAAAGGCCCAGGAAUCAACAACAUUCAUGCUCGAGGGCACAGCGACCUGAUUAACUUUAACGGGGACUGCUCGUAAUGGAAUAAAGCAAGGGCAAAUCAACGGCGUGCUGAUACAAACAUUAAUAGUGGGUCAUUAGUUCAAUUAAACUUUCUUAGAAAAGCUAAUGUUUCAGACAGUUUAACCGGCACUGCUUUCACAAUACUACAGUCUAUUUAUUAUGUUUCAGACAGUUGAACCGGCACUGCUUUCACAAUACUACAGUCUAUUUAUUAUUUGGCAAAGCUAAUGUCCUGUAUUUUUUUUAUAUAUACGUUGUCAGUAUCCAAAUACUUACUUAAUA